CCGGUUCAGCCCGGGUCUCCACUUCAGUCUUUGGCUUCGUGUUCUAGGACGCUGAGGGGCGGGCGGUCGCUCGAGGUUGGAGCCGACGGCCCGAGCGACCUAGCGGGUCUUCCAGCCCCUGCAGAAGCCAGGAGGGGUGGGGGAACCCCUGAGGGGGCUGCGCGGGUGGCGGGCAGGGUCGUCCCGCCGCCGUGGCUUCGGCGGAGGCGGGGCGUGCGGAGCCGCAGUCGCCUCGGCCUGGCGGGCGGUGCUGAGGGACCGGCCGGAGGGCGCCGCGGGCGGAUGGAGGCGCCUCCUCGGCCCGCCUGAGCUCAGGAGGGGCCGGCGCGGAGCGCGGGGCCCGCCUCCCGCUGCAGGAGCGGCCGCGCGAGCCACCGGAGCGGACGGCGGGCGCCGGGCUUCUCCCCUCCGGAGCCCCCAGCAUGGUUGACUAUAUUGUGGAGUAUGACUACGAUGCUGUACAUGAUGAUGAAUUAACUAUUAGAGUUGGGGAAAUCAUCAGGAAUGUGAAAAAACUCCAGGAAGAAGGAUGGCUAGAAGGAGAAUUAAAUGGAAGAAGAGGAAUGUUCCCUGAUAAUUUUGUUAAAGAAAUUAAACGAGAGACAGAAUCGAAGGAUGACAAUUUGCCCAUCAAACGGGAAAGGCAUGGAAAUGUAGCAAGCCUUGUACAACGAAUGAGUACCUAUGGGCUUCCAGCUGGAGGAAUUCAGCCCCAUCCACAAACCAAGAAUGUUAAGAAGAAGUUGAAGAAGCGUCAGUGUAAAGUUCUUUUUGACUACAUUCCACAAAAUGAGGAUGAGCUGGAGCUGAAAGUGGGGGACAUUAUUGAUAUUAAUGAAGAGGUAGAAGAAGGCUGGUGGAGUGGAACCCUAAACAACAAGCUGGGACUGUUUCCCUCAAACUUUGUGAAAGAAUUAGAGAUAACAGAUGAUGGUGAAACUCAUGAAGCCCAGGAGGAUUCAGAUACUGUUUUGACUGGGCCUGCCUCACCAUUACCAUCUCCAGGGAAUGGAAGUGAAACUGCACCUGGAUCGAUUACACAGCCAAAGAAAAUUCGAGGAAUUGGAUUUGGAGAUAUUUUUAAAGAAGGCUCUGUGAAACUUAGGACAAGAACAUCCAGCAAUGAAACAGAAGAGAAGAAAACAGAAAAGUCUUUAAUUGUGCAAUCACUAGGAUCCAAAACUCAAAGUGUGGAACUAGCAAAAACAGACUCUGAAGGUAAAAUUAAAGCUAAGGAAUAUUGUAGAACAUUAUUUGCCUAUGAAGGUACUAAUGAAGAUGAACUUACUUUUAAAGAGGGAGAGAUAAUUCAUUUGAUAAGUAAGGAGACUGGAGAACCUGGCUGGUGGAAGGGUGAACUUAAUGGUAAAGAAGGAGUCUUUCCAGAUAAUUUUGCUAUUCAUAUAACUGAACUGGAUAAAGAUUUUCCAAAACCAAAGAAACCACCACCUCCUGCUAAGGGUCCAGCUCCAAAGCCUGACCUGUUAGCUGCAGAGAAGAAGUUCUUUCCUCUAAAGCCUGAAGAAAAAGAUGAAAAAUCACUGCUGGAACAGAAACCUUCUAAACCAGCUGCUCCACAGGUCCCACCCAAAAAGCCUACUCCACCUACCAAAGCCAAUAAUUUAUUGAGAUCUCCUGCAGUAGUGUACCCAAAGCGACCAGAAAAACCAGUUCCUCCACCACCUCCCACAGCCAAGCUUAAUGGUGAAGUUUCUAUCAUUUCAUCAAAAUUUGAAACUGAGCCAGUAUCAAAACCAAAGCUAGAUUCUGAGCAAUUACCACUUAGACCAAAAUCUGUAGAUCUUGAUUCACUUAUAGCAAGGAGCUCUAAAGAAACAGAUGUUGUAAAUUUUGAUGACAUAGCUUCCUCAGAAAACUUGCUACAUCUCACUGCAAAUAGACCAAAGAUGCCUGGAAGAAGGUUGCCUGGCCGCUUCAAUGGUGGACAUUCUCCAACUCAAAGUCCAGAAAAAGCCUUGAAGUUACCAAAGGAAGAAGAUAGUGCCAACUUAAAGCCACCUGAGUUUAAAAAGGAUACAAGCUACUCUCCAAAGCCAUCUCUUUCAGCACUUUCAAGUGCUUCUAAAGCAAAUACAGCUGCUUUUCUAACUCCGUUAGAAAUCAAAGCAAAAGCAGAAGAAGCAAAUGCUGGGAAACAAAAUUCCUUGGAUGAACUUAGAGCCCAGGUCAUUGAGCUGCUGUGUCUUGUGGAAGCUCUGAGAAAGGAUCAUGGGAAAGAACUGGAAAAACUGCGAAAAGAUUUAGAGAAGAGAAACGCAAUGAGGAGUGAUCUAGAGGUAGAAAUAGAGAAGCUGAAAAAAGCUGUCUUGUCUUCUUGAAGUGGCAUGGACCCAGUGUUCUUAGUGUUCCAGGGAGUCAGAAGCAACACUGAACCUCAGCUAACUCAUUACUUAAAUACGACUGCUGGUGUUAUGACAAAGAGAUAUGAGUAUAUGAGCUAUAGUAUCUAUGGGAUAGUUAGGGUUAGGGGAGGGUGCUUUUUUUUAUAUAUAUUUUGUUUGCCAAUAUAAAAAAAAAAAGAGGCCUUAUUUCUUACUGUGCUGGGAUUGCAAACAUUUUGUUGUUGUUUGCUUGAAAAUACUACUGAAUCUGUAUAAAAGGAAAGGACGCUCACAUUAGGUUUUUUUAAUUGAGACGUAUUAUUUUUAAGGAGAUCUGUACUAUAAAUAUGGUGAUAUCUUUACAAGUAAUCUGUAAGGUAAACUAUUUGAGAGGGAAAAAUUAGCUUUAUAGUAACUAUAGUCACUACUUCCUCAUAAUACAUAAGGGAUAUAAGUUUGUGUAUGUACAUAUAUAUUAUAUAUAUAUAUAUGUAUAUAUACACACAUAUAUAUAAAUAUAUUUUUACUUUUAGCUUCUUACCCAGGAUUACACUGUUGUGCCUGUUUGUCUGCAGUGCUGUUUAUAUUUUGGGUGAUGAAAUAGGAGUUUCCUAGGAUAAACCAGAUUACUCACCCAUGCAUAGAGUAAUAACUAAUGAAAUAAUAAAAAUAACUUCAACUUUUAGUGUUUUAUAUUGCUUGCACUAUAGGAUUCAUAAAAGGAAUUUAAUUAAAAUGUAUUGGAUUAAUGAACAUUUGGGAAAAUAUGAGCCUUAUUUUAAAUUUAUGAGGUCUAAGGAAACUAAAAAUGUCAACUUAAUUCUUGUGCCUAGAAACUACAGCACAUAUGAAAUAUGUAAACACCAGCCUUAUUGCUGUGCUUGUCUGCUAAUUUUACAGUCUCAAAUACUACUUAUUUCAUUUUCUUGUGAUUUUUGUUCUUCAUGCUUCUCUCUGACUUUUAAUAAUGGUAAUAUUAGGAAAACGAGUUCCAAAUCUUUCCAGAACUUCAGUGUGAGGUUUCCUAGAUGGACAAGUUAUCAUUGUGUAAAUACUCAGGUUUUAUAGUGGAUAAUUUAUCUAAUAAAUAGAUCAAAUUUACUCCUGGAGAUAAGAUGUAAAACGUUUAGAAAGAGUUUUAGGAUGUCAUGAAAUACAACAUCACAGCUUAUUUAAACCAAAUGUAGUUGACCAUAUAAAGAUACAUUAUCACAGAAUGACCGAAUUAGUAGCUUCUCUGGUCACAUAUGAACAGUUGAACUUUAAAAAAUAUGUUACAUCCAUAUGUGAUAUGUCUAAAAACAUAGGGGUUUAUUUAAAAUUAAGAUUUUGAAAUUUUUGCAUUUGUAACAAAAAUUAGGUUUUAAGCUUUACUAUAAUAAAUGAGUGUCAGAUAUUGAGUAUCAGUUAAUCAUGU